UCGUCGUUGCAAGUUGUUCCUUAGUUAGAAAUCAUUAAAUCAAUCAAAAAGAGAAAACAAAAAAAAAACACAACACAACAUUCACACACAAAAUCUACACUAAUUAUUUAAUAGAAAAAAAAAGAAAAAUAAAAUAAUUUAAACGCGUAACGGGUGUAAAAUGCAAAAAGAAAAUUAAGUAAAUGUGAAAAAAUUCUAACAACGAUAAAAAGAAAAUAAUUCAAAAAAAGCUAUUAAAACCACAAUUGAAGCACAAAUAUUUUUACAUCAAAGUCAUCACAUUAAUCUAGGUUCUACAAAGGAUACCAUCAAUAAAGCCUUAAUAAUGGAAUACCAUUCGUUUACAAGUUAUACAAACACAACAAAUUAUGAAACGUAAAAAAUAUCAAUUCCUUUAUCGAUCCCAGCAACAAACACAAAGACUACAGCAACCUGCUAAAGGAGUCAUGUCAUGGGAUUGCUAUAUAAAAGUUCCAAACUCUUGAAAAUAAUUCUGGAUUCACUGGAAGAUCAAGAGGGUGGAGCUAUGUACAUAUCGUGCGAUGUCUCAAAUGGAGGUCCUGUGGAACCUGAAACGGGUUAUGUUCCCAAUAAUCCAUUAUUCGGUUUGGCGCUGGAUAGUCCGCAGCAAGAGUGUGCUGCUGCAUCCUGUAUUGGGUGUUUAUCGUGCCAGGGUAACACUGUAUUACCACUAUCCUCAUUGCCAACAAACGAUUUCGAUUGCGGUUCCUGUUUCGAUCCCAUUGUUGCCGUCGAUCUUGGUGGACCUGCACAAAAUAAUUCACAAGUUAUUCUAAACAGCACUGGCAGUGGUGGUAGUGGAAAUACUUGCGCUUCAAAUUUUUGGUCCACCGACGAGAUGGCAUCAACAUUUCCAGGACUGCCAGCUUUAGACAUCGAUCCCUUACCCAGCCUCUUUCCCUUCUCACCGUGUGGUGCAUCCUACAACUUCUCAGCCAAUCCUCAUCAUCAAGCUUCACUCUCGUACACCGUACAUCCCCAUCAAAUGUUAAUAUCGCCCAAUGGCCAUCAACAAACAGCUGUAACCUCAUCCGCACCCUCAACACCGGUACCCUCUGGGGGCCAGCAACAGUCUUUAUCGCACAGUAAUUCAUUAAAUUCGACGGCAGCCCAGGCAUGCUAUUACGAUCCUAUGAAUACAUCGGGGAAUGUUGUCUCAGCGACAUCGGCGGCCAGCAACUCAUGUGCCCUGCAGCAUAUGAACACAACGGCCGGUGCUAGUGGAGCUGGUGCGGCAGCUUUAUAUCCCAGUAUGAGUGUCAAUGUCAGUAUGAAUAUGACCAUGCAUGGUUAUGGUGCUACCGAUGCUACAAUGCCUAUGCAGUGUUCCCAGAUGCAGUGGGCUCCCACUAAUUCUUCGUCAGCUGUAAAUGUUUUAUAUCCCCCACUCUUAAGUCCCUCGCAUUAUCCAGGAGCUGCCACAUACUCAUUUACAGCGGACUUCCGUUCCCCUACGCUGCAGUCAAAUCACAAUCAAAACCAUUCCAAUAUGCUGUCCUCCCUGCCAGAUACGUUAGAAAAGGACUCCUCACCAUCCCCAAUGCCUCCAAUGGAUGCUAUUUCGCCGAAAAGUUUCUAUACAAGCACACAAGUGGGUCAAAGCUAUUCCCCACCCACAAAAAGUCCAACUAUAUUUACACAAAUACGAGACACAAAACCGUUCAACCAACUGACCGGCAUUCCAACGACCUCUGGUGUGGCCAGCGGUUAUGAGGACGAUGACAGCAACGAAGAAGGUUCCGAUUCCAAGCCCAACCUGUGUCGCUUAUGUGGCAAAACAUAUGCCAGACCCAGUACGCUAAAGACUCAUUUGCGAACUCAUUCGGGCGAACGGCCCUACCGAUGUCCGGAUUGCAACAAAAGUUUCUCACAGGCCGCCAAUCUCACAGCUCAUGUACGCACACAUACUGGUCAAAAGCCAUUUCGAUGUCCAAUUUGUGAUAGACGUUUCUCACAGAGUUCCAGUGUCACUACGCACAUGAGAACCCAUUCGGGUGAGCGUCCCUAUCGAUGUAACGCUUGCAAAAAAUCCUUUUCGGAUAGUUCAACGCUAACCAAACAUCUGCGCAUACAUAGCGGCGAGAAACCGUAUCAGUGUAAAUUAUGUCUACUGAGGUUUUCCCAAUCUGGAAAUUUAAAUCGACACAUGCGCGUACAUUCUACCAAUAACAAUGGCAGCAAUUUGCUAACAUGACAAAAGCCACGUGGAGGAGGUGGAUUUCAACACUAUCAUCCCCACAAUCAUCCACACGCUUACGCACAUCAUCAUACACAUGCCGCAGCAGCGGCUGCAGUCGCCGCUGCCUCCAUACAUCCAACGCAUCCAUUCAAUGCCAGUAACUAUGGCGAUUAUGUCAAUCAUCCACAUACCCAUCCCCAUGCACAUCAUCAUCAUCACCACCAUCAUCCCCAUGGCCAUCAUGGCAUCGGUGACUAUGCCACAUCCGGUUCACAAAACUAUUCAGGGUAUUAUUUGUGUGCUGCAUUGAAUAAGCCCAAAUUGGAAAGAUUCUAUUAGGACACACACUCUUCCUUCUUUAAAUACCCAAAGGUAACAUUCAAAUUAAACAAGAAAUACAGCAACAAAACACUUAAGUCAAAAGAAAUCAACGAAUAUAUAGCAAAGAGAUAAUUAAUUAAAUCAAAAUCGGUAUAGAGACAUCUGAAGUAUCCAAAUCUAAAAUUAGUAGGCUUACGUUUUUAAGAAAUUUUUUGUAAUUUCCAAUUUAUACCAUAUGAGGAAAGCACAUCAAGUUGUUUAAAAGGACAUGAUGUUCCACAUUUCAUAUAUAUAUAUAUAUAUAUAUAUAUAUAUAUAUAUAUAUAUAUGGCAGCUACACACAAAUAUGGUUCGAAGAGUAUAAUACCGUUCCCUGAGCGAUCGGGGGUACAAAAGAUCGUAUGUGGCUGGAAAAACAACUUUUAUGGGCAUUCGGGAGAUCGAUCAUCAUGGUAGCUACAUCAAAAUAUACAUCGAUACAACCCAUUUUCGAACUGAACUUGUUUGCGUCAAAAUACUCCACGACACUUUCAAAAUCAAUCACGACGUGGUCAAAAGUCAUCAAGCUGGCAAAAUAUUUAUAGGUAUUCUUAAUAUGUAUUUUCAAUUAAUGAUAUUGUCUCCAUUCGUUCAAAACCCAUCCAACAAAAUUUUGCGAUCUCGGUCCGACAAUUGGAUGAAUUAUUCGGUAUUGGAUCCGGUGUCUAAACAACAUUGUAACUAAAAACGAGAAAAGUGGUUGUCAUGUUGUCGGAACGACACGGCUGGAUAUAUUUACGCCAUAUCGUACGGAUGUCGGAGCAAAAUUCCAGGGAAAUUCGGUUGGGAAAUUUUACGUCGUACCGAGUUCGUAGAUGAUUUCGGUCCGAUUUCUUGACGAAUGUCUACAAAAUGCGGACGAUUUUGCGGACGAAUCGGUCCGAUUUCUUGACGAAUGUCUUACAACCGAUCAAGCAAAUCAAAAAUUGCAAGGCAGCAGUUAACGGCACCACACGUAAUUAAAAAGUUCGACCGGGCCGAAAUCUUAUAUACCCUCCACCAUAGUUCGCAUUUGUCGAGUUCUUUGCGCAGUAUCUCUUUUAAGGCAAACGAAGAAUAAUGAAUAAGGACGAAGGAGGAGCUAUAUCAAGUUAUAGUGCGAUUCGCGGCUCAAGAAGCAAAAUCGGGAGAUCGGUUUAUAUGGGAGCUGUAUCAAGCUACAGAUUGAUUCUGACCAUAUUACACACGUAAGUUGAAGGCCAUGGGAGAAGCUGUUGGCCGUUGUACAAAUUUUUGCCAAAUCGGAUGAGAAUUGCGCUCUCUAGAGGCUCAAGAAGUCAAGUUCCCAGAUCGGUGGAUAUGGCAGCUAUAUCAGGUUAUGGACUGAUUUGGACCAUACUUCGCACAAAUGUUGGAUACCAAAACACCACGUGCAAAAUUACAGCCAAAUCGGAUAAGAAUUGCGCCUUCUAAAAGCUCAAGAAAUCAAGACCCCAGAUCGGUUUAUAUGGCAGCUAUAUCAGGUUAUAAAUCGAUUUGAACCAUACUUAGCACAGUUGUUGGAAGUGUUAUCAAAACACUACGUGCAGUCAAAUCGGACUAGAAUUGCGCCCUCUAGAGGCUCAAGAAGUCAAGACCCUACAUCGGUUUAUAUGGCAGCUAUAACAAAACAUGGACCGAUUUAGUCCAUUUACAAUCCCAACCGACCUACACUAAUAAAAAGUAUUUGUACAAAAUUUCAAGCGGCUAGCUUUACGAGUUCGAAAGUUUGCGUGCUUUUGACAGACAGACGGACGGACGGACAUGGCUAGAUCGACUUAAAAUGUCAUGACGAUCAAGAAUAUAUAUACUUUAUGGUUUCUUAGACGAAUAUUUCAUGGUGUUACAAACAGAAUGACGAAAUUAGUAUACCCCAACCUAUAGUGGAGGGUAUAAAAAAACACAUAAAGCCACCACUUUAUACAUUCCACACACGUGGUAACGUAAUGUUGCUUACAAAAAUAAAAAUGAACCAAACAAAACAUUCCUCCAACUGGCCAUGCAGAAAUCGUUACGAUUUCGUUGUCGGGACAGAAACAAAAAAUCCCUCAGACGGAUUUAUUUCAGGAUUUGAUAAGAAUUGCCGUAUGUUUCAUCCGACUACGUGCAGACAUGUCGGACGUCAGACAAAGUCGGAUCAUAUUGUUAGCUGAGAACUUUUCAACAAUAUUUUCUAACAGUGUGUAUCCUCAAUUUUAAAAACUGUAGCGUUCUUACCAUGGACAGACGGAUGGACGGACAUGACUAGAUCCAAACCAAAAAUGUAUACAUACAUAUAUACAUAGCAGAGUCGAAAAUUGAUAUUUCGAUGCACUGCACUGUGGUCCCUAAUUAUGCACCAGCAAUUGUGAGGGCAUUAAAACUAAGUUGAAAAAAUUUUAAGUCUAUAUGAUCUAUGCCAUGCCUACUUUUAACUGUGAGCGUUUAAUUGACCUACUCCGAGUUAUUAUCCAACUUGGCUAAAAUUGUGCAUACUGACCUCGCCUAUGACUGCUAACAUCCACUCCAAAUAUGAUUCAAAUUGGUCCAUAUAAUAUAUAAUAGAGCACCCACCACCGUAGCGCAGUGGUUAGCAUGUCCGCCUAUGACGCUGAACGCCCGGGUUCGAAUCCUGGCGAGACCAUCAGAAAAAAUUUUCAGCGGUGGUUUUCCCCUUCUAAUACUGGCAACAUUUGUGACGUACUAUGCCAUGUAAAACUUCUCUCCAAAGAGGUGUCGCACUGAGGCACACCGUUUGGACUCGGCUAUAAAAUGGAGGCCCCUUAUCAUUGAGCUUAAACUUGAAUCGGACUGCACUCAUUGAUAUGUGAGAAGUUUGCCCCUGUUCCUUAGUGGAAUGUUCAUGGGCAAAAUUUACGUUUUGCUCCCAUAUAAACCGAUCUCCCGAUAAGACUUCUUAAGCCCCUAAAUGGCGCAAUACUUAUCCGAUUUGGCGGAAAUUUGGAACGCAGUGUACUGCUAUAACUUCCAACAAUCGUGCCAAGUACGGUCCAAAUUGGUAUACAUUCUGGUAUAGCUCCCAUAUAACCUAUCUCUCGAUUUGAGAAGCCUGUGGGUAAAAUUUUAGCCAAUUCGAAUAAUAAUAAUUGCGCUCCGUAGGGGCCCAAGAUAUCAACACGGAGAUUGGUUUAUAUGAGAGCUAUAUCUAAAUAUUUACCUAUUUUAAUAUUUACGACAAAUUGCUGCAGUUGAAACUAGAGAAUAUUUAAAGCUUACCGGUCUUAAUCACAAAACUUAAUCCAGCCUUAAAAUAGGUUUAUUGGAAAGUUCUAUAAAGGAAAUCUGUCAAAAAAACCUAUUUCAAAUCUACAUUAGGUUUUGUAGAGUCGGAAAGCGGUUCGGAGCUGAACUCCGAUUCCGACUCAAUAGUCCGACUACGGCCUCAAAAUAUUGACUCUGCAGCCCUAAGACGACACACUUUAACACACAAAAUUAUAGACUGCAACAACAGUUUAGCAAAUUUUCGUAAUUUCAUCUUAGAUUGCAUCUAUGUAAGAACAUUUUCCAUUUAUUUCAUUACUCGUAUUUUUCAUAAUUUUGUUAAAAAAAAACCGAACACUUAGGCACCACAAAUAACGACAACUUUACCAGAAUUACCACUUAGGUCCAAUAUUUUGUUUCAGAACUUUUCAAAGUCAUACCAACAAAAUACCGUUGUUUCUUUUUUGCAAUUUUUAAGUUCAAAAUUCGACUUUUUGCCUGUGGAACUGGUCAUAGGGCUCAUAGUGCAUUGGCGCGACAAAAUAAUCUACACCCAUACUCCCAUAUAAAAAGUUCAAUAUUUUUUUAUACCCUCCACCAUAGGAUGGGGGGUAUACUAAUUUCGUCAUUCUGUUUGUAACUACUCGAAAUAUUCGUCUGAGACCCCAUUAAGUAUAUUUAUUCUAGAUCGUCGCGAAAUUUUAUGUCGUCCGUCCGUCUGGCUGUCGAAAGCACGCUAACUUCAGAAGGAGUAAAGCUAGCCGCUUGAAAUUUUGCACAAAUUCUUAUUAGUGUAGGUCGGUUGGUAAUGUAAAUGGGCCAUAUCGGCGCAAUUCUUAUCCGAUUUGAAUGAAUUUUUGCACGACGUGUUUUGUUAUGGUAUCCAACAUGUAUGGCUCAAAUCGGUCCAUAACCUGAUAUAGCUGCCAUAUAAACCGAUCUUGGGUCUUGAUUUCUUGAGCCUCUAGAGUGCGCAAUUCUUAUCCGAUUGGAAUGAAAUUUUGCACUACGUGUUUUGUUAUGAUAUCCAACAACUGUGCAAAGGAUGGUUCAAAUCGGUUCAUAACCUGAUAUAGCUGUCAUAUAAACCGAUCUUGGGUCUUGACUUCUUGAACUUCUAGAGGUCGUAAUUCCUAUCCGAUAUGGCUGAAAUUUUGCAUGACGUAUUUUAUUCUUACUUCCAACAACUGUGUCAAAUAAGGUUCAAAUCGGUUCAUAACCUGAUAUAGCUGCCAAAUAAACCGAUCUGGGAUCUUGACUUCUUGAGCCUCUAGAGAUCGCAAUUAUUAUCCGAUUGCCUGAAAUUUUGUGUUUAUGUGUUUAUUAUGAUCUGAAUCGGUCUAUAGCCCGAUACAGCUCCCAUAUAAAUCGAUCUCUCUAUUUUACUACUUGAGCCCCCAAAGGGCGCAAUUCUUAUUCGAAUUGGCUGACAUUUUACACAGGUCUCCAACAUAUAAUUUAAUUGUGGUCCAAACCGGAUCAUAUCUUGAUAUGGCUCUAAUAGCAGAGCAAAUCUUUUCCUAUAUCCUUUUUUGUCUAAGAAGAGAUGCCGCGAAAAGAACUCGACAAAUACGCUCCAUGGUGGAGGGUAUACAAGAUUCGGCCUGGCCGAACUUGGCACGCUUUUACUUGUUUUAAUUAUUAUAUUUGCUAUUCGUUAUUGAUUUUGUUUAUGGAUACUUCAGAUUUCUUAUAACUCGUCCACUUAAGUAUAUUUAAAUCUUUAGCAUUAAUGCUCAAAAUCAUAUUGUAUUGCAAAAGAAAAGGUUCUUUAAUAGUAUAAGUAUACUAGUUUUAGGCAAAAUAGUGUAAAUAGAUAAAGAACAUACAUACUUAUAUAUUCAUAUAUAAAAUUGGCAUAUACAUAUAAUCUAUAUACAUACAUAUAAAUUCUUUAGAUGAUUGUUGAACAGUUUUUUAGAAGAAAAAUUAUUGCAAAAAUUCCAGUAAUAGAAUAAGAUGAAAUUUAUAAUAAAUUUGUAUUUGUCAAAAACCAAAAUUUUGCGAUUAGGCCUUAAGUUUAGGUGGUAAAACAACAAAAACACGCAUAAUACAAAAAACAAUCCCAACAACAAGUUGAAAAUGCAACACGCAAGAAAUCUGAAUAAAUUUCCCUACGAGUAUUUCAUUUUAAGUGUCUGUGUCUGUAUCUAUCCAAAUCACUCACAUCCGAAUACAAUCUUCUCGGAGUCUUAUAUCGAACAUACAUAACAUAUAAAUGAAUCGAUACAUUUUACUUAGUUUUAAGUCAGGGUGCUUCGAUCAUAAUUCGUUUAUAUACACAUUCGCUCAUACAUGUUUCACUUUCAUGCUAACUUUAAUAAUCCAUUACAAAAACAAACACAAAAUUCAAAAACUAGAAUUUCCAAUCUCUAGUCAAUCUUUAAGCUUAAAUAUCUCUUAAACUUUUUUUAUUAUAAUAUAAAGUGUGGUAUUAAUAAAAAGAAAAAUGC